AUGUUCAAGAGACAUGGUAAGUAUAAUGUCUUAAAUAUAGUUUAUCAUCAAAUUUGAAAGAAUAAAAAUAAUACUCUAAUCUUUAACCAGGUAUUAUAUUAAUGCAGAGUUAAGUAAACUUAGGAAAACUAUUGAUAAACUUAGUUAUGAGCAGAGGGAAAAAAAAAUACAGGACACAUUAAAAAAUGUUUGGGAUCAUAAAAGAUCUCUCAUAAUAGAUAUUGAUAGAUUAAUGAUAACAGAUGGUUAUGAUGAAUGGCGUAAAAAAGAAGCAAAAGAUUUGUCUGAUCUUGUACAAAAGAGAUUCAGGUAUUUGCAGAAUCCUAGUGAUUGCAACAAAGCAAGAAAGUUGGUUUGCAGUUUGAAUAAAGGUUGCGGAUUUGGAUGUCAGAUUCAUCAUAUUACAUAUUGUUUCUUAGUUGCUUAUGGUACAGAACGAACAUUGAUAAUUAGAUCUAAAGGUUGGAGAUAUCACAAAGAUGGUUGGGAAUCGGUCUUUAAACCGCUUAGUGAGACCUGUGUAUCUCCAAUUGGAGCAUCACAUGCCAAUUGGCCUGGUGACUCUUCUAAACAAGUCAUCUCAUUGCCAAUUGUAGAUAAUGUUUAUCCAAAACCAAGGUUUCAACCCCCAAGUGUACCAGCUGAUUUAGCUAUAAGAUUAGAAAAACUUCAUGGACAUCCUUUAGUCUGGUGGGUAGGACAAGUUUUAAAGUAUUUAAUGCGACCUCAAGAACAUGUGAAAAAAACAUUAAAUGAUGCUAAGGAAAGGCUAGGCUUCAAGAAACCUAUUGUUGGAAUUCAUGUACGGAGAACAGAUAAAGUUGGUACUGAAGCUGCUUAUCACGAUAUAGAUGAAUAUAUGGUUAAAGUUGAACAAUAUUUCAACGAACUUGAAUCAAAACCAGAGGUGAAAAGAGUUUUCCUAGCUAGUGAUGAUCCAAAAGUGAUCACAACGGCAAGAAAUCGUUAUUCGAACUACGAGAUAAUCGGAGAUCCGGAGAUAGCAGAGACAGCUUCAGUUGCAAAGCGAUAUUCUGAUUCUUCUUUACAAGGAAUAAUUAUCGACAUACAUCUUCUAUCCGAAUGUGAUUAUUUGGUGUGCACAUUCAGUUCUCAAGUAUGCCGUGUAGCAUAUGAAUUAAUGCAAACUUAUUAUCCAGACGCUUACAAUCGUUUUGCGUCAUUAGAUGAUAUUUACUAUUAUGGAGGUCAAAAUCCCUAUCCUCAUCAGGCUAUUCUAGAUCAUAAGCCAAGAAAGGAGGGUGAAAUUGAAUUAAAAGUUGGAGAUUUAAUUGAAGUUUUUGGAAAUCAUUGGGAUGGUUAUUCUAAAGGAUACAAUACUAGAACUAGUAUGACAGGAUUAUUUCCCAGUUUUAAAGUUAAAAAUCCAGUAGAUGCUGUAGAUUUCCCGAAAUAUCCACACAUGCAUCCUGAUAGUGGUGAUAAAGGAAAUCAUGAUGAUUUCGUGAAAAUAAAUGAAGCCUAUAUGAUAUUAAGUAACAAACAGAAUAGGCAUUAUUAUGAUAUUGAUUUAAAAAAUGAUAAUGUUCAUGAAAACUAUGACUAUCAGAGGACUAGAUGUAAUAAUCAUUACCAAUAUGAUAUGCAAUAUUCAACAAAUAUAAAAAAAUAUUUUGAAGAAAAUAGAAAAAGAGCAAUUAUAUUUUGUUCCUUCCUUUUGAUCACAGGACUAUUCCUUCAAGUAGUACGUGUUAUGAUAUGGUCCAAAGCUAAUAGAGAAGCUGCAUUAAAGAAGAGUAAUCAAAUUUUAGUAGAAUGUGAAACUAAUCUAAAAAAGUAUGAAAAUAAAACAUUUAAAGAAAAAUUAAAAAUAUUUGAAAAAAUGAUGGCAGAACAGUUUAAAGAUGAUAAAUAA